UCAGCCUCACUUUCUAAACAAAGCAAUGGCGCCACGCGAUGUUAUGAACCCCCACUACAGGUGGGGGUUGAAGAAAAAUCCCCACCUGCUGAAAGAAUACACUGAGAAAUAUGUAGGAAAGUCACUGCACCACCCCUCUGCAUUGCUGUCCACUGCCGAGCCUGGCUCAGCUGAGCAGGUGGUGAGGAAGGUGCUCCUAACCAAGGCAAUGUGUGAAAUCUUCGUUAUCUUGGCUAAUGGUCAAAGGUGUCAGAUGCUCCUAAGCGCCAUGCAGCUGCAAGUAAUGAUUGUGAGCAUUUUCAAAGAGGAAGUGCUGAAAAUGCUCAUCAAGAAAGGAUACAAUAAGGAUAAUAUCAAGCUGCUGUUUGAUGGCAAGCCACUGGAUGAUGACUCUGCACCAGUAAAAAAAUACGGGAUCAAAGCCGGCUCAACUGUACAGAUGACAGACAACCUGGAAAGAUCACAAGUUCCCCCCCUAAACAAGGAAAAUUGUAAACUCGGCAUUAUCUUGCCUGAUGGUCGGAGGGUGUCGAUGAUGCUGUGCCCCGGACAGCUGCAGAGUAUGACUGUAAGCCACUUCAAAGAGGACAUACUGAGAGUGUGGGCCAUCCAUGGAUACACUGAGAAACAUGUCACUCUGCAAGUUGAAGGCAAGACACUGGACAACCCCUCUGCAUUGCUGGCUGAUUGUGAAAUCAAAGCCGGCUCAACUGUGCAGAUGCUUUUAGAAGUCUUCAUUAUCUUGCCUGAUGGUCGGAGGCACGUGAUGCCUCUGAGCACUAAACAGCUGCAAGAAAUGACUGUGAGCCUUCUCGAAGAGGAAGUGCUAAAAAUGCUCAUGAUGAAAACUGUUGUAGGAUACACUAAGGAUGUUUUGAAGCUGCACAUUGAUGGCAUGCCACUGGACAACGGCUUUGUACUAAAAAUCAAAGCCGGCAAAAAAGUGCAGGCGGUGAUUAUGGUUCACGGAGGAUGAAGGAGUCCAUCAUGAAUUCAUGUGACUACAUCAAAUUUACAGGAUAUACCGAACCAUAAAUACAUGUAAAGAACAAAACACAAAAUUCUGAUUGAAGUCUUGCAUCUAUGGCUUUCCUUCUCCUUUGUACUUUCUUCACAUUUUACGCCUCCUAUCAUACCUAUAGUCAGCACUAAUUCAGUAUUACAUAUUAAUAAUGAUUAAUUGAGGUGCAAACGUUUUGUUUUUAUUUUAUUACCAAGUUUCUGGGGCUUCUGUUUUCGCAGUCAGAGGUGUGUGCCUGAGAUGACAAUAUUAGGAUUAUUUCGUCUCACUGACAUCACAUAGAUCCACUGUCUGAAACAGAGGAUACAAACAAUCAGUAAGGAAGCUCAUAUUAUUAUUGUUACAGGAAGAAAUUAGAAUAAAUGUAACGAUACACAGACGAACCUUCACAAAGUAAAUACUGAAACAAACGAACACAUUGAUUGUCAAUUUCCUAUGUGAUACAUUAUCUUUUUACAAUGUACAUGAAUAAAUGCA